AUGGUUGCUCUUUUCUCUGACCAAACAAAUGAGGGUAGACACUUCAGGCAAAAUAUUCGAGCUUACAAUCAUGCAUUUGCAUUCACUUCAAUGGGAGUACAUGUGGAUGAAAGAAUUAAUAUUGGUGGUCGUGGGAUUUACACAUUUCGUGCUCAAGGUGCAUUAUAUCAUAAGAUUGGUGGACUUUUACCAAAUGAAGGGAACAGACCGCGAUUUUUACAAGCUUAUAUAUAUGACACUAAGCAUGAAGUUGAAAACCGAAUGUGUGAAAGUAAAGUUUUAGAUAGACGUGUGGUUGAAAAGAUACAACAGAUGUUGAACAACCAUAAUCCUUUUGUUCAUACAUUGCGAAGCCUCGGACAAUGCCAAGAUUUGCCGAAUUGCAAGUUGAUCCUAAAAGAGCAACCAAUAGAUCGGCGUCAGUAUAGUCUACCAUCAACAUCACAAGUUGCAGCAAGUAUAAUAGAUGGAGAUAAUGCCACAAUUGCAAAUGGAAGGGAUAUCGUGGUGGAGACAAUUAGUGGAAGACUUUCUCACGUCCGAGACUAUGUUGGAUUUUAUGAUCCCUUACAAUAUCCACUGUUGCUGCCUUACAGUACAUAUGGAUGGGAUGUUAACAGUCAUGAUGAUGGUGGAAGAGCAAUAACAUGUUGCGACUAUUAUGCUUAUAUGUUACAGAUACGCCAUAAUGGAUCAUCACUUUUGCUUCGAGGUGGACGUCUCUUGCAACAAUAUGCUGUAGAUAACUACAUUAAAAUUGAAUCACAAAAACUUAGAUGGUUGCGUUCUAAUCAAGCCACAGUUAGAGCGGAUCUCUACAAAGGACUUGAAGACUCUUUAAAUGCAGGUAGCAUCGGGCGUAGAAUUAUUUUACCAUCAUCAUUUGUUGGAAGCCCACGUGACAUGUACCAACGAUAUCAAGACGCAAUGACUUUGGUUCAAAGAUUCGGAAAGCCAGAUCUUUUUAUUACCAUGACAUGUAACCCAAGUUGGGAAGAAAUCAAAAGCGAAUUACUAACUAGACAAACUCCACAAGAUCGCCCUGAGUUACUCACUAGAGUAUUUCGUGCAAAACUUGAGCAACUAAAAGAAGACAUCAUUGAAAAGGGGGUAUUAGGCAGUGUUGUUGCUUACGCAUACGUUAUUGAGUUUCAGAAACGUGGUCUUCCACAUGUGCAUAUGGUGGUUGUGUUAGAUGAAAAUGAUAAGAUCAAUAACCCAGAUGAGUACGACCGAAUUGUUAGAGCUGAAAUACCAAAUGAAGAUGUAGAGCCUCAACUUUAUAAUGUGGUGUUAAAGCAUAUGAUUCAUGGCCCGUGUGGGAUUCAUAAUCCUUAA